CCGCCCGCCAUGCUCCGCCGCCUCCGCCCCGACGCCCGCGCACUCGCCUGCGCGUCGCACCUGCUGCAGAGCGUGCGCGUGUCGGCGGCGCCCUCCGCGCGCGCCCUCUCGCUGCUGCCCUCCGCCCGCACUCAGCGGCCUCUGGAUCUGAAGCUCCAGCGCGCUCUGCGCGUGGCGACGCUCAUCACGGGCCCGCCGGGCCACUCCAAGAAGCCCGCGGGCGACGCGCUCUGCUGUCCGCAAUGCGGCGACGCGCUGGUGCUCGCCGAGGCGCUGGGGGGUGGCAAGACGCCCGCCGCGUCCGACAGCAAGAGUCCCUCGUCCUCCUCCUCCCCCGCGUCAGCCGCUGCCGCCGCCUCGUCCCCCGUCGAGUUCAAGAAGGGGGACGUGGUCAAGUGCGAGACGUGCAACCUGCACUUCGCGCUCAAGGCGCAGCCCACCACGCCCGCGCAGCCCAGCCCGGCCUUCCGCAACGCCGCGGCGGCCGCGGCGCUCAGCUCGCUCAGCUCGUCGCUGUCGCCGGGCAUGCAGACCACGCGCGGCUCGAGCCUGGGCGGCCCCACGUACAGCGGCAACUUCCCGUCGCCCACGCGCGGCGGCGGCGGGCGCAUGACGGCGGACGGCGAGUACGAGAAGCUGGCCAACGAGGCGCUCUUCGGAGGCGCGGCCGCCACGGACGCCACCGUCACCAAGGACCGCGUGCUGACGCCGCGCGAGAUCUACGAGGGCCUCAACGAGUACGUCAUCGGCCAGGACAAGGUCAAGAAGACGCUCGCCGUGGGCGUGCACAACCACUACAAGCGCCUGCACGCGCUCGAGCUGCUGCAGGCGCGCAAGGACGCCGAGGCCGCCUGCGCCAAGCAGCAGCACGCGCGAGCCGGCGGCGUGACCCGCCAGCACGUGGAUCUCGACGACUCGCGGCUGUCCAGCAUCGGGCGUCGGCUGCUGCUGGAGGAGAUCUACCCGGGCUUGGAGAAGAAGGAGGCAGGGCUGGAACAGGAGGCCAAGCAACGCGCUGCUGAAGGCACCAGCGAGACCUCCGAGGCCGCCGCUGCGGCGCCGUCUCACGCGCACGCCACGAGGUUGCAGCACCACUCGCUCGGGGACAAGCUGCAGUAUCUGGAGGGCGUGGAGCUGGACAAGACCAACGUCAUGCUGGUGGGCCCCACCGGCUCGGGCAAGACGCUGCUGGCCAAGACGCUGGCGCGACUGGCGAAAGUGCCCAUUGUGAUUGCAGACGCCACGUGCCUGACCCAGGCGGGCUACGUGGGCGAGGAUGUGGAGUCGGUGCUGUUCAAGCUGUACCAGGCGGCCAACUACAACCUGGAGGCCACGCAGCGUGGCAUUGUGUACAUUGACGAGAUCGACAAGAUCACGCGGAAGAGCGAGAACGUGAGCAUCACGCGCGACGUGUCGGGCGAGGGUGUCCAGCAAGCGCUGCUGAAGAUCCUCGAGGGGAGCAUGGUGAACGUGCCCGAGAAGGGCGGACGCAAGAACCCGCGCGGCGAGUACAUCACCAUCGACACGACCAACAUCCUGUUCAUUUGUGGCGGCGCGUUCGCCGGACUGGAGAAGCAGGUCACGCGCCGGACGUCUCGGUCAUCGAUCGGAUUCGGCGCCCAGAUGCCCAACAUGCGGCUCAAGGACAGCGACCAGAUCGGCCAGCUACUUUCCCAAGCUGAGCCGGAAGAUCUCGUAUCUUACGGUCUCAUCCCGGAGUUCAUCGGCCGUUUCCCGAUGCUUGUUAGUACCACGGGCCUUUCGAAGGAUGAGCUCGUGCAGGUUCUGACCGAGCCCAAGAACAGUCUCGUCCGGCAGUACAAGGCGCUGUUCGCGCUGAGUGACGUGGAGUUCCACGCGACCGAAGGCGCACUUGAGGCUGUGGCCGAGUCGGCGCUCAGCAAGAACACCGGCGCGCGCGGACUGCGCUCCAUCUUUGAGCGCGCGCUCAUGGAGACCAUGUUCGACUUGCCCGACAUGAACGACGUGCGUGCCGUGUACGUGGACGAAGAGGCCAUCCUCGGUCGCAAGCGGCCCGUGCUCAUCCGUGGCGACAUGACGCUUGACGAGUACCUGAAAAACCUCGAGGAGGACAGCGAUAAACGGGAAGAGGCUGUUUAAGCAGCGUCCAAGUCCCCGUUCCCCGCCAUUCCCUUGCUGCCGCGCAGUUCGCUGACUGAAGGCGCCAAACCGGGUUGCAAGGCAGCUGUGGCCACCCCCGUCUGUGUUUUAUGAAAGGUAUUUUAUCACGAACUCAAAAGCAUAUCGACCGAGCCCGAGAAAUCAGCAGCAGAAAUCCAAAACAAACAAUAUAUUGAUUCGCCAAAGCGAACGCCUUUAGCUGGCUCC